AUGCGGCCGGACCGGAGCUCGUGCGCCCCCCCGUGCACGCGGGCUGAACAGCAGCACCUGGGCGGAAUGGACGGUCAGGAGGCGACGCGCACCUGCGGUCAGUGGGGGGGUUGGGGGGGCCAAUUUCCCCCUCCCCGAGACCACCUGCCGCCGGUCCCUGUGCGUGUGCCCCGACUGCGACGAGGCGGUUCCCAAAGAGCAGCUGAGUCAGCACAGAGAGGAGCAGCACAGCCAGGUGUGGCUGUCACCGCCUCGUGCACGGCCCCGCUCGCCGGCGCGCACGUUCUGGACGCCGAGCUAAAAUCUCUGUCUGUUCUCCUGCUUCCCCCCCGUAAGGUGAGAUGCUCCAAGUGCCGCAAGAAAAUGGAACGAUGGCGGCUGUCGGAUCACGAGGUGAGUCUCUGGUCAGUUUUACACAAAGACAUCAUGUGUUUUACAAAAAGAGUCAGAAAGUCGGACGAGUGCGUGGAGCGUCUGCAGAGGUGCGGCUUCUGUGAGCUGGACCUGCCGUGGAAGGACCUGGACGGUCACCUCGUGGUCUGCGGCAGCCGCACCGAGCUCUGCGAGGACUGCGGCCGCUACGUCCGAAUGAGAGAGCUGCCGGAGCACGGCCUGACCUGCUCGGGCUCAGACCAGGGCUGGGGCCAGGGCUCGGGCCGGGGCUCGGGCCAGGGCUCGGGCCAAAGCUCGGUCCAGAGCUUGGUCCAGGGCUCGGGCCAAGGUUCGGACCGGGGCUCUGUCCAGGGCUCGGGCCUUCUACAGGCGGUCAGCAGGCCCCCGCACACAGCACAAACCACCGCCAGCUGCAGCAGAUGUGGAGCGUCGUUUCCAGCCGGGGGCCGAGACGAACACGAGUGCUUUGUGGAUCCCAGGUGGGACGGCGAGGACGACGAAGACAGCGAGGAAGAGGAGGAUUUCUCCAGGCUGGGGGCGGCUGCCCAGCUCAGCGCUGCCUAUAAGAAUACGUCCCUGACGCACACACGCCCCGGGACAGAGGUGGACGGAGACCCAGAGGAGAUCAGCAGCUGCCCACACUGUCACCUGACCCUGCCCCUCCUCACACUGCGCUGGCAUGUGGUAAUGUCACGCAUCGUACGCGAUGGCUCUGAUUCGCACUCUGUAAUCACCCCAGUAAGAGCUUUCUCCUCCUUUUUGGAUUUUAGGAAAAAUGCCGAAAACACCUUCUCCUGA